GUCAAUGACGCGACAGCCGCGGACCUUACUCGCCGCCUGGCUCAGCACUUAUCGGCAUGUCGCAGCCUCCGCCGCCGCCAAGACGCACUGUCGCUGCACUCCCUUCUGCAAGCACCGCAUCCGGCAGUCAGUCUCCGGGCUUCUGGGGAAAGACCAAGAGUGUCACACGUUCAGGCUGGGAUGGCCUCUACAAGACGGCCGAUAAGAUUGGCCACUAUUCCAACAAGCAAACGGCUAAGCUCGGCAUAGAGGCAUUCUAUCCGACCAGUCUCGACCUUGAGUGUUCCAAAGCUGCUCGCAUCUUGCGCACCUUUACACUCGAUAGGACCGGCAAUCUGGACCACCAAGACACGAUCUAUGACGAGAAGAAGAAGCAACGCAUCAUCAAGAAGAUCCCCUCGUCUGCACUAGCAAGCUGCAGGGGAAUAUGCAUCUUCACCGUCUUUCGAACUGGCUUCAUCCUCUCCGGCGCGGGUGGCAGUGGCGUUGUGAUGUCCAAAGACGCGUCGGGUACCUGGUCUGGCCCAUCUGGUAUCCUCCUGCACGUCAUAGGGUUCGGCUUCUUGGCCGGCGUCGAUGUUUAUGACGUCGUCCUCAUCCUCAGGACAGAAGCAGCCGUUCGCUCCUUCGCCAACCCGCGCGUGACAUUAGGCGCAGAACUCAGCGUCGCCGCCGGUCCUAUCGGCAACGGCGUCUCUCUCGAGGCCGGCGUGGAGGCUUCCCCGGUAUGGUCAUACUCGAAGAGCAGAGGUCUCUACGGCGGCUUACAGCUCGACGGCAACAUCGUCAUCGAGCGAAACGACGAGAAUGCACGCUUCUAUAACCGCCGCGUCUCUGCAAAAGAGAUCCUCGCAGGCGAGAUGCCGGUCCCAUAUGAAUCCAGAGGUCUCAUCCAGACCAUUCAAGCUGCAUCCGGCCUGGCUACUGCCACCGAUCUCAUUCCUCAAGGCGCUUCGCUUGCCGACGAAUAUGUUGCGCCACCGCAUCGACUCGAUCCAGAAGCAGAGGACGAGCAGGACAAGAAAGACCGCGAGGAGCUUGCUGCUCGUCUGGCAGAUUUCGGGAUAGAUGACCCGGACAUCAAUCGAAAGAUGCGCGAGACAGACUCGGCAGUCCUCAGAGGACCAGAACUCGAAGCGCUCUCAUCCCCCGAGCCCUCGAUCUCAUCACCGCGCUUCCACAGUCCCUUGCGAUCACCAAGUGACGUGGACCUGCAUGCUCCUCGACCAGCUUACCUCACCAGUACCACGGCAGACUCGAGCGCGGAUUCGGUCUACUCUGACGAUGCCGUCUCUGCAAAGGACGGCGAUCUUGGCGCACCUCUACAAGAUGCGCCCCCGAUGCUUCCAGCACGUCGGGCAGUCCCUGCUGUACCGCCGCCCCUUCCAGCUCGUCAUGCCGUAACCGAAGUCAACGAUGGCCCGAGCAUGGCCGAUCUGCCUCAUGUGGAUCACAAUGAGUCUGCCACGGAAGCUCUGCCCGCUUUUGACGGACAGAAGCCAAUUUUACUGGUUGACAACACGGGCGAUCUAGCUCAGCAUGAUCUCUCGGACGAGCCACCUUUGACGGCCGGUAGCAAGACAGCUCCCUCGCCCUUCUCUGACGCAUUCGAGCUUGCAGAGCCAGAGAGGCCAGAGGACAACAGCUUCACCGAUGCUGUCGAGGAAGCAGAGCCGCCUGCUUUGCCUGCUCGACCUCAUGCGGAAGAAGUCACCGUCGCCGAACCUCCUGCACUGCCAGCUCGUCAUCGUCCCGUCCCGCCUGCACCGACUGCAGAACCGGCAAUAACGACAGAGAUACUGCCAGCUGCAGCGACUCACGAGACACUCGCCGAAGACGAGCGAGACUCGCUGACCUGAUCGCUCACUAGAUAACGUUGUCACUAUGUAUAUCUUUAU